UCUCAGCAGGAAAAACUGGCCAAAGAGUGGUGCUUCAAACCAUGUGAGAUCAGAGAGCUGAGCCACCAUGAGUUCUUCAUGCCAGGCCUUGUUGAUACACACAUCCACGCUCCCCAGUAUGCCUUUGCUGGAAGUAAUGUAGACCUGCCACUUUUGGAUUGGCUGACCAAGUACACCUUUCCUACAGAACAAAAGUUCCAGAGCACUGAUCUUGCUGAAGAAGUCUACACCAGAGUUGUCAGGAGAACACUAAAGAAUGGUACAACCACGGCUUGCUACUUUGGAACAAUUCACACUGACUCAUCCCUGAUCCUUGCGGAAAUUACAGAUAAAUUUGGACAGAGAGCAUUUGUGGGCAAAGUGUGCAUGGACUUGAAUGACACCGUUCCCGAAUACAAGGAAACCACCGAGGAGUCGGUCAAGGAGACAGAGAGAUUCGUGUCAGAAAUGCUUCAGAGGAACUACUCAAGGGUGAAACCCAUAGUGACCCCACGCUUUUCCCUUUCUUGCACCGAGACCCUGAUGAGUAAACUUGGCAACAUUGCUAAGACCCAUGACUUGCACAUUCAGAGCCAUGUAAGUGAAAAUCGUGAAGAAGUUGAAGCUGUGAAAAGCUUAUUCCCUGAUUACAAAAACUACACAGAUGUCUAUGAUAAAAAUAAUCUCCUGACAAACAAGACAGUCAUGGCACAUGGCUGCUACCUUUCUGAAGAAGAGCUCAACAUCUUCAGCGAACGAGGAGCGUCCAUUGCACAUUGUCCCAACUCUAACUUAUCGCUGAGCAGUGGCUUACUGAAUGUGCUUGAAGUCCUGAAGAAUAAAGUGAAGAUAGGGCUGGGGACAGAUGUGGCUGGUGGUUACUCCUAUUCCAUGCUUGAUGCCAUCAGAAGAGCAGUGAUGGUUUCCAAUGUCCUCUUAAUUAAUAAGGUGAAUGAGAAAAGCCUCACCCUCAAAGAAGUCUUCAGACUAGCCACCCUUGGAGGAAGCCAAGCCCUGGGGCUGGAUAGUGAGAUUGGAAACUUUGAAGUUGGCAAGGAAUUUGAUGCCCUCUUGAUCAACCCCAAAGCAUCAGACUCUCCCAUUGAUCUGUUUUAUGGGGAUUUUGUUGGUGAUAUUUCUGAGGCCGUUAUCCAGAAGUUCCUCUAUCUAGGAGAUGACCGGAAUAUUGAGGAGGUUUAUGUGGGCGGAAAGCAAGUGGUUCCAUUCUCCAGCUCAGUGUAAGACCCUUGGGCAUCCAUGAUGUUCUCCUGGGAUGACAUGGUUCUGCAUCUUCCUUGUGCCCAGGUGCUGGUUAGAAAGUAUGUUUUAAAAAGUGCCGUGUUCUUCGGAUGACUUCUGUUUCUACGUCUGCUUCCAGUGCUCACUUGGUAAAUUGUGCAAAGGAAGUGCACUGUUCCUCCACUUUGGUUGGGAGCAAUCAUAAUUUCAUGACAGUGCCUCCUUCGGGGCUGCUUAGAUUUGUGUUAAGCUCAUACAGAAGGCAGUGUUAACAGCUGGCACUGUGCUUCUAAUAUAGAAGGAAAAACUUUCUGUGUAGGGAAAUACGGUGCAAAGAAAUAUCCCUAUGUGGUUAGACAUUCUGAGCUAAGUGAAAAGUUGGAAACUCCGUGUGAACCAUUGAGUAGAUUUUUAUGAGAGGGCACAAGCUAGACUGGGAACAGAUGUUGGAAAAAUCAUUGAUUGUGCUUGGAAAUUAAAUACUGAGAACACUCAUGUAAAAAGAGAACUUACUGGGUUUUAAAAUGCGCUUCUAGGUUGACCUUAUCUAUGGAAAUUUGCACUUUAUGGAAUUUGCAUUUCAGAGAUGUGUUAUUGUUAUGCUUUGCCUUCUUUAGGGAUGAAUGUCAGAACCCGAAUGCCACAUGCUUUUCAAAUAUAGUUCUGUGCUUCAAAGUGUUUGACAGAAGUUGAGUAUUAAAGAUUUACAGUCUCUUAGGGAUAGUAUUCAUAUAGCCACAUGGCAUAAAUAGUUGUGUUUUUGUGUACUUCAGAGUCACCUUGAUUUCUGGCUGUGUGGUGUUACAAUUGCUUCUAUUUUAUUAGAUGAGAAACAAGCCCCAGGUACUGCUGCUGUGUAGUCUGGGGUCUUCAUAAAUUGGGGAAGUACUGUACCCCUGGGAGCCAUUAACAGUAACAGGACAGGGUUCUUUGCUCAAUGCCCUAUCUAUUCAACACAUUAUGUCAUCGUGUUUGUGAAGUUCUCCCCCUAUCAAUGUGCUAGAAAUAAAAAGCCAAGUACAAAUCCUUUAAGGAACUGUGAAUAAGGCUCUGUAAGGCCUGUAGAUUGAAAGUACUCUAAUUUACCAGAUUGUCACUUGAAUUCCUUAAGAUUUUUCUGGCAGUUUCUAUUAGUAGGAUUUACUGUGCUAGACAUGAAGGAAUAUUAAACAAAAGAAGGCAUUUUAUCUUUUCUAACUAACAUUAUGUACCUUCUUAUAACAAUUAAAACCAGAUUAUAACCACAUGGCAGAUUCUUAGGAAGCAAUGAUAAGUUCUACUGAAAUACUACAUUUUUCUUAAUUUACUCCACAUAAACAAUCAAAAAUAGGGAACAGGUUUUGUUAACAUAUCAUUUCAUUUCCAGAAUUUCGGUGAGUUUCUAUAUGAUCUUAUAACAGAAAAACCUUAGGCAAUAGAGCUAAUUCCGUGUUUUCAAGUCUGAAAGCACACAGUUCUUCUGCUGCCCUGUAAAUCUCAGUGUCGCGUAGCAUGCUAACUUGGCAGUCAUUUGUCCAGAUCUAUUUUCCUGGUUAGAAGCACUUUUAGAUUUGGUUGUGUAGACAUUACAUCUAAAGAUGGUACAAAUAUUUAGUCUUACUUAUUUUUAUUUUUAUUUUUUUUAAAGACAGUUUCUUUUGUGACAUAGAAGUGAAUAAGCCCAACUUCUGGUCUUAGUCUGAAUGUCCAGUGUUUCAAACACACCAGCAACAUCAAAAUGAUCUGCCAAACCCCCUCUCCCAUUUCUCUCUGAGGCUGGCAAGUGUUUUUUGCUGUAUCUUUUGACUCUUGCCAAAGUAACUUAAUUACAGGGCAUCUAAGCUGAGUGAAGCAGGCCAAGUGGCUUAGGUGUGUGUUGGGUAAGAGCUCUGCCAGCCAGCAGCCGCUUCCAGCCUUUGCAGACCCCACACUCCUCUUCCUCAAGAGUGUGCAUUUUGAUAUUGAACAUCAGCUUUUAUUUAAACUUGAGAUUCACACACAGUAACAUAAAUUAGUGUAUUCUGGAAGUAGGAAUAACAGUUAUUUGCCACCAUCCUAGCAAGCAUCCAGAUUAGUCCUGAUAGUGUGUUACAAGCUGAAUAACUUCUCAUUGAAACAAUGUAUUGAAGUGUUUACAUGUACUUUGAUCUCCCUGCAUCCCUUAUAACUUAGGUGUUUUAUUUUCCCAAGUGAAGUGUUCCUGAGUGUUACUUAUGCUGUUUCAGUACCCCAUACAUGGGGUCAGAUGUCCUGCACUUUGAAAUGUUGCCUUUCCCUAAUGUAGGCUGACUUUCUGAAUUACAGGUAGGCACUAUUUCUAGCCCAUCCCUGUUGUCACUUUUUAUUUUAUUUGAAUGGUUUGCUCUCUUUAAAAGAAAGGGAUAAACAAAGAGAUGAAGGAAGGAGGGAAGGAAGGUUAAAACAUUAUCCUUCCAUCCUACUCCAUACCAUUUUCCUCGUUUCUCUAGAAUUUUUGAUGAAGUUCUUUGUAAAAAGUUAAAAAGCAUUAAAAUUAUCAUGUGUAUUAUAUUUCCAAAAUUUCUUGUAACCAAAAUAAAAAGUAGGCUAAUCAAGAAUAAUUUGAUGGGGGGCAUUUAAAAUAAGAGAUUAGAACCUGAAAAGUUGUUCUAAUCUUCCAUUGGGCCAAAGAGACUAAACUCCUCUGUUGUGUUAUCUUUGCUGGUUCUUUACUUGCACUGUAAAAGACUUUAGAAUCCAAGAGCACAUCUAUAUUCAUGCCAGAAGUAGGGCUUUCUAAGUUAAUUCUGUGAGCAUUGAGUCUCUUCUUCAGUGAGACAUUUCAAAGUUAAAGGAAAGGACAUGGUAGGAAACCCCUUCUUCAUUGCUUAGCGGAUUUUGAAGUGUGCCCUUGGAUGUCCCUGUUGGCAAAUGCUCUGAAAUUUUACAGAGGAAACAUAAUGGCUGUGAGAUCUAGCAAUGUGUUAUGGAUCUUCACUCCUUAGCAGAUUAUCCCUAUUUUUAAGCCUUUCCACUUCAGAAGCAGACAUAGGGGAAGCCUUCAAGGCAUCCUGGAGAGCACAUUGCAUCAGGCCCACCUUGUGUAUAUACAUGUGGGAGAUACCAGAACUGGUUGCUUCUGGAGCUUGGUGGGCAUCUUUGAAAGUUGCUGCUGCUACUGCUGCUGGGAUAUUCAAAUAUUUUAAGAGAGUUACCUUAGCUAUUAACAAACAGAAUGAGAAGUGUAUCAAAGGCAUUAGCUUGAAAUCAUUUUUUAAUCACAGAGACUCUGUAUAAUUUUUUUUAAGACCAAAAGGAGAUGUUUGCAAUUUCUAUUCUACUCGCUGCUGCAGGUAUGACAUCACACAUUACACUUUAUAAUGUCUCCAGAGACAGUAUGAAAAAGUUUCUAAAGACCUGGGAAGAAGCAGGCCAGUGAAAAAGCACAGAGAAAAAGCAAAACAACUCUUGACAUUCAUUUGCCAUGCAUGUCUCCAAGCCUACUCCAACUUUCUUGCCCAUCUGAAGCAUUGGGUGUGAGAGAGUGAGUGUUUGAAGGGUUAGUUUGUGGAUCUAGUCCAACUUUAGUGACAUGCAAAAGCCAGCCAAGUCCACGAUGAAAUGAAAUGUAAGCCCUGAGCAGGCUCUUACCAGGUUACUUGAGUAAUUGAUACCGUUGUUAACCUGUUACUUGGCAGUGACUCAUCUGUCUAUUUCUUACCCAGUAAUCCUAUCAGAAAGCAUUCCUUACUUUAUUGUUAACCUCUUGAUGGCUGUUCUUAAGAAUAUAUACAUAUAUGUGAAUGUAGUCAAGGGGACAUCCUUCCCCUCAGUAUUUGUAUGAUUUGCUUAUUGUUACUGUACUGAGUGAGCUCCCUUGUGCAUCAGGAAACAAAAUAAAUGAGAUUUUGUGUUUGCA